AGAGGUGGAGAGCGCGCGCUCGCAGACGCGGCGGUAUUAAACGGUUGCAGGCGCAGCGGACUGGUAGUUAUCUUCCUGGGUCUCGGGCUUUCGCUUCUGCCUUUGCCGGCUCGCUCUUACCCUGUGACGCCCAAGCAGGCUACAACUCCCUCCUUAGCUUCGCCUGUAGCCGCGUCGUUGCGACUCUGCCACCAUGUUCGAGGCGCGCCUGGUCCAGGGCUCUAUCCUGAAGAAGGUGCUGGAGGCGCUUAAGGAUCUUAUCAACGAGGCCUGCUGGGACAUAAGCUCGAGCGGCGUAAACCUGCAGAGCAUGGACUCCUCCCAUGUCUCCCUGGUCCAGCUCACCCUGCGUUCCGAGGGCUUCGACACAUACCGCUGCGACCGCAACUUGGCCAUGGGUGUAAACCUCACCAGCAUGUCCAAAAUACUAAAAUGUGCCGGCAAUGAAGACAUCAUUACACUAAGGGCUGAAGAUAAUGCGGACACCCUGGCACUUGUAUUUGAAGCUCCAAACCAAGAAAAGGUUUCAGACUAUGAAAUGAAGUUAAUGGAUUUAGAUGUAGAACAACUUGGAAUUCCAGAACAAGAGUAUAGCUGUGUAGUAAAGAUGCCUUCUGGUGAAUUUGCACGUAUAUGCCGAGAUCUCAGUCAUAUUGGAGAUGCUGUUGUUAUUUCCUGUGCAAAAGAUGGAGUGAAGUUUUCUGCGAGUGGAGAACUAGGAAAUGGAAAUAUUAAGUUGUCACAAACAAGUAAUGUCGAUAAAGAGGAGGAAGCUGUUACCAUAGAGAUGAAUGAGCCAGUUCAGCUAACUUUUGCACUGAGAUACCUGAACUUCUUUACAAAAGCCACUCCACUCUCUCCUACAGUGACACUCAGUAUGUCUGCAGAUGUACCCCUUGUUGUAGAGUAUAAAAUUGCAGAUAUGGGACACUUAAAGUACUAUUUGGCUCCCAAGAUUGAGGAUGAAGAAGCAUCUUAGGCAUUCUUAAAAUCCAAGAAAAUAAAAUUAAACUCUUUUGAGAACUGCUUCUGAGAUGCCAGCAUGUACUUAAGUCUCUUCUGUCACCAACUUUGUACCUCUCAGUACAUAUGUAGAUAUUUUAUGUAAAUAACCUAUUUUUUCCUCCAUUCUUUACAAUUUGUUUAAAGAAUAAAGUCCAAAGUCAAAUCUGGUCUUGUUAACCUAGAAAUCUCUCUGCCUUAACCUAGAAGUACUCGUUUUCAUAACAAAAGGGUUUUGACUAUAUAAAUGCAGUUUUAAUUUUUUUCAAUUUAAAUAAAAGUUAUUUGGAUUUGAAACAUCACAAGACAGUGCCUUCAUUUGGACCAUGACUGUUGAAAAGUAUCCUAGGGAAUUCAGUUCAAGCUACCGUUUUAUAUAAAUGUGUUUAGUUUUUCAGUCUAGAGGAGCCUGAUAAUACAGUAGAUAAUAGCAAUAAAAGUAUUCCAAAUACAGUGGGUGACAAGAUAUUUUGGGGGGGAUUCGUUUGCCAAAAUUAUUUUGGUGUUCUUCUAUCUUUAAUGCAAGAAAUGAACAGAAGUGUAGACCAAAUCCUGUAUGUUUAGUUUCUUUGCCAAUUUUGUCAGCAAAACUAACACUUAUUAAGGAAGCUUUAUGAACCCAAAACUAUGGGCUUUAGAUGACUUGGCAGUGCUAUAGGGCAGUUUCUUUAGCCUAGGGAGCCUUUUGAAUCUUGAAAGAGAAGAUCUGUGUUAGGGCGAGUGUGUUUGUGCAAAAAUAAUUUUUCUAGUAUUAAGUAGCCCUUUUGGGGACUUCAUCCCGCCAGUGUGAAACACUGUUUAAGUGUUCCUACUGAUAGUGCCACAAGGCCACAAACAGCAUGCUACUUACUGAGAAUUGCUUCAUUAAAGUGCUUUCCCCCUCCCCCUGGUGUAUUUUGGUCUUAGUGGUUUAAAUGACUGGUUUCUUUGGUGUACUACCUGGAAGAACUCCCUAACCAGUAGGUUACUGUUCAUUACCUUCCAUGUGCCUGGGGGGUGGGGAAGGAGAUGGAAAAGGGGCUUGAUGGAAGUUCAGGGAGUGGUGUCACUUCUCUAGAAGGUGGUGAUGGUUCCAAGACUAUGCACUUGUCAAACUCUUCCAAUUGUACUUUAUUGUAUGUAAGUUAUACUUUAAUAAAUCUGACAUUUAAAAAGCUU